UGAGCGUUCUCAUCGAAACUUCGGUCGGUGACAUUGUCAUCGACCUCCAAAUUAAAAAGUGUCCAAAGACCUCUUUGAACUUCCUUAAACUAUGCAAAAUCAAAUAUUACAACUUUUGUUGUUUUCACAAUGUUCAAAAGGAUUUCAUGGUUCAAACCG